UUUUUUUAUGUUUUUUUUAUAAUCCAAAAACUCUAAUCACCAUAUGUCUUGAUUAUCAUAUUAUAAAAAUUAAAUAAAACUUAUAGUCUUGCAUAAAUUGUUAAUGGUGACACAACUCACCUAAAAAUUGAACAAAAUCAGUUACGUGGACCAUAAAACAUUCAAAAAAAAAAUUGAACAAAACUUAUAAUCUUACUUUGACACACAAAUCCACGUGGCUUUUCUUUUGGUCUUUUAUUCCUUAUUUUCUAAAAUCCUCAUUAAAAUUUUCCUGAGAAAUUGAGCUCCGAGAUCUACAUUUUGCAUGAAGCGGGAGUGCCAGAUGCUUUCGCCAUUCUAAAAUUCGAUUGCCAACGGAUUCCACCUCCACCUCCUCCACUCUCCUCCCCUCCCCCUGAUUCUUCAGCUACAGUGCCUCACUGGAACUUCAAAACCCUAGCCUAGAACUUCCGCCACUACCGUCGCAAGCUUCAAUGGCACCUCUAGAUCCCCACUCCUUUACCGACUCCUCCCAUCCCCUCGCCACCCACGUCUCUCUCUCUCUCUACUUCGAUUUCCCUUCCUCCACCAUUCACGCCUCCGCCCUCCUCUCUCUACCCCGCCCUCAUUCCGGCCCUCUCUUCCUCGACGCCCGCUCCCUCUCCAUCUCCGCCGUCGUCGACCCCCAAUCUCAUACUCCCAUCCCAUAUUCUCUCUCCUCAUCACCACACCCAAUCAAAGGCCACCAACUCACCGUUUCUCUCUCCAACCACUCCUCUCUCCUCCUCGUCUUCACCACUACCCCCUCUUCCUCGGCCCUCCAAUGGCUCUCGCCGCCCCAAACCUUCAACAAAACGCACCCCUUUGUGUACACCCAGUGCCAGCCUAUUCACGCGCGCUCUAUCUUCCCCUGCCAGGACACGCCGGCGGCACGUAUAUGCUACGCGGCGAAGCUCAACGUCCCCCACCAGCUGUCCGCCGUGAUGUCCGCCCGCCGCGUCGAGCGGCGGCCGCCGGCGCCGGGAGACGCCAACAUGGCAUGCGACGACUCGGUGUGGUGCGCCGAGGGAAGGGCGGUGGAGGAGUUCGUGAUGGAGCAGCCGAUCCCACCGUACUUGUUCGCGUUCGCAGUCGGGGAGAUAGGGUUUAGGGAGGUGGGGCCGAGGACAAGGGCAUAUGCGGAAUCGGCGCCGGCGGUGUUGGACGCAGCGGCGAGGGAGUUCGCGGGGACGGAGGAUAUGAUCAGGCAAGGGGAGAGGCUGUUUGGGCCGUACGAGUGGGAGAGGUUUGAUUUGCUUGUGCUACCGCCAAGCUUUCCUUACGGCGGGAUGGAGAAUCCGAGGAUGGUGUUCUUGACGCCGACGGUGAUAAAAGGCGAUUCUAGUGGUGCUCAGGUUGUGGCUCAUGAGCUUGCUCAUAGCUGGACUGGGAAUUUGAUUACGAACACGACAAACGAACAUUUUUGGUUGAAUGAGGGUUUCACUACGUAUGCAGAAAUGAGAAUUGUGGAGGCUGUGCAAGGGGAGGAAAGAGCUGUACUGAAUAUUGGAAUUGGUUGGAGGGGUUUGAAUGAGGAAAUGGAAAGAUUUAAGGACAACAUGGAGUUCACGAAGCUCAAAACCAAGCAGGAAGGAGUGGACCCUGACGAUGUAUAUUCCAAAGUUCCAUAUGAGAAAGGUUUUCAGUUCCUUUGGCGCAUUGAACGUCAGGUUGGAAGGCCUGCAUUUGAUGAAUUCCUCAAGAAAUAUAUUGCCACCUUCAAGUUUCAGUCCAUUGAUACCGACACAUUUCUCGAUUUCCUGAAAGCCAAUAUUCCUGGCAUUGAGAAAGAGAUUGAUUUAGAGUUAUGGACUGAGGGUACUGGGGUACCUCCAGAUGCAUGUGAACCAGUUUCAAACAUCUAUACUAAGAUUGUGUCACUGGCAAAUGAGUUCAAGGUAGGGAGGAUGCCACGGGAGGAUGAAGUUGCUGAUUGGCAAGGACAGGAAUGGGAGCUCUACUUGGAGAACCUGCCGAAAGCUGUUGAAGCCUCGCAGAUACUAGCAUUGGACGCUCGCUACAGGCUUGCAGAAUUUAAGGAUUAUGAGGUUAAGGUGGCAUUUCUCCAACUGGCCAUUUCAUCUAGGUGCAGGGAUUACUACAGCGAGGUGGAGAAAACUUUAAAGGAAGUUGGGAGGAUGAAGUACCUUCGUCCGCUCUAUACUGGACUCGUACAAGGCACUGGGAGGGAAGAAGAGAAGAUAUUUGCCAAAAGGGUGUUUGCAGAGGCUCGAGACGGGUAUCAUCCAAUAGCUCAAGGUGUUGUGGAGUCCAUCCUCUCAAAGCACCUGUAGGAUGGUAUACCAUUAUAUUCUAGGACUCUUGAUCACACGCAAACCAAUCUCAAGAAUGAUGUUGGCUAGCACAGUAACUCCAAUUGUUUUUUGGUAUCUUGAAUGAUUCUGUGCUGGUGUGGGUCUGUCCUAUAGUGCUGAAGUGGAAAUGUGAGUUUAUCCCAUGAAUGAGAAAGUGCAAAUUUCAUGUGCCA